AUGAAAAGCCCUCAUAUAUCCCCGCCAAUUUCACCCAACUCAUUUUCCAACCCUAAAUCACAUCGUUCGUCCACUCGAAAUAGAAAUGCCAGCUCUCUGUCGAUAUCUAUCCCAAUAAGCCCACAAAAGAUUCCUCCACUAGAGUCUGCGACUUACCGGCGGUCAUCUGGCGCGUCGUCAUUCCCUGAAUACUCAUCCGGUUGUACUGGUACCAGUUCUACAAGUACAGACACCUGUUCUGGAGCUGGUUCUGGAGCUGGCUCGAACAUCACUCCCAAUGUUGUAUAUCUGGAUAGCGAUUCCAACAGCAUAUAUCGAGCGUCUAGUUCAAGCUCAUCAACUACAACUACUACGACACUACAUUAUCAACAAUUUCCACAAUUCAGUUCAGGCUCUUCAUUACCAAAUAUAGGUUCAACAGAGCCUCAAAAUAGCAACUCUUACUACUAUUACCAACAACCACUAAAAACAUCGACAAAUACUAAUUUUGAAGUCAUGCCUGCUGAAAACCCCUAUCCAAAUGGACCGGUUCUCGUUCGAGAGCCAAAUAUUUAUUUAUAUUCCGAGCCAUCUAUUCAAACUGCCAGCCAGUUUGAUGUGAUUGUCAAUGUAGCUCGAGAAGUCCCUAAUCCCUUUGAGCAAACAAGUCGGCUUUCAAAAGAAAUAUCCUCGCCAAUGGCUCCCCCACCACCAGCCCCCUUCGUAAAGGGUGCUCGGUCUUCAUCUUCUUCAUCCUCAUCUUUCACAUCCAACCUGUCAUGUUCACCACUUUCGUCAACUUCGACCCAUACUGAGGAUACAUGUUUCUCGCCUACUGGGUAUCCAGAAAACUCACCACCCAGUUCAGUCAAUUCAACGCCGAACCUCAACGAAGAGCUUUCAUCUGAAAACGAUUGCGAAGAAGAGACUGAUGAAAUGACUCUGCGAGAUCUAUCUAGCCCUAUCACCCAGUCUUCUACAACUGCAGCUUUUGGACUCGCAUCUUCCGAAAGUCUCAACGGAAGAACCACACCCGAGUACAUUUACGUUCCUUGGGAUCACACAUCCAAGCUGACGCCUGACCUUGCCCGUCUGACUGAUCUCAUAUCCAGCCGCAGUGCUGAAGGCAAAAAGAUCCUUGUGCACUGUCAAUGUGGUGUAUCGCGGUCUGCCUCACUGGUUGUAGCAUACGUCAUGAGACAAGACAAAUGCGAUCUUAAUACCGCCUAUGACCAUGUCAAGAAGCGAUCGCCUAACAUUUCGCCGAACAUGACUCUGAUGUUCCAACUGAUAGAUUGGGCUAGAAUGCUAAAGCGUAAUCCGGAGAAUCCAGGUGUGUCGACGUCAUUAGGCCCCUCGCUAUCGUCACCACCAUCAUCCUACGACGAUGACCUGAUUCCCUCGGCAUCAGGCUACUCGCUUGCGUCCCCACCGCCAUCCACGCCCACCACCGCCGUCAACCACUAA